UUAUGUAACUUUUAUUAUUGUAUAGCAUUGUUUAGAAAUUUAGAAUAGUGCUGUACUAGUUUGUACUUUGUACUUUGUAUAUACGUUGUAUGUACAAGAUUCAAUGUGCGCAUGCGUGAGAGAAAAAUACUAAAUACAGUAGUUUAUCGCGACACGUCGGUGCAUUGGCUAUUGGCUAAGCAAAGGAGUUCACCUUCCAGUUUUAUUAUUUAUAUUUCAGUGUGUGGUCCAGUGGACCUUUUUCUGUCCAGUUUCACUCUAGACACAUUCUGUAUAAAAUAUUUAAACUACCGCAUUUUUGUUCUAGUAUUGCUAUUUUAUCUGUCAAUAAUUCACAAAAUGGUGAGAAGAAAAUCAAGUACAAGUUCAAAUAGUAGCAAUACAUUCAUACCACCAAAAAAAAAAGUACCAAACACAAGUGUUUUAGUUGGUGGAAAAAAAAAAAGAAAAAAACCAGGAGUCAGAGCACUCCAAGAAAUAAGACAACUAAGAAGGUCAACAAACCUUUUGAUACCAAAACUAACUUUUUCAAGAUUGGUCAAAGAAACAGUUCAUUAUAUUUUUCCAAGACUAGAUAUAAACAGAAUGCAAGCUACUGCAUUAGAAGCAUUGCAAGAAGCUGCUGAAAUGUAUUUAGUACAAUUCUUUGAAGAUUCUAUUCUUCUAGCAUAUCAUGCUAAACGAGUUACCCUAAUGAAACCAGACUUAAUACUCAUGAGAAGACUGAGAGGGCGAGACGAUGUUAUUAACAGAUAAAUUUUUUAAGCUAAUUUUCCAUCAGUAACAUAAGAAAGCUUAUUUUUUAUUAAUUUUUAAUGACUAAAAAAUUAAAUUGACGAAACAAAAAGAAGGUUUAAAACAUAGUAUGAAAACUACUAUUUGGAGUAAUAAUUUAUUUCAAGUAAAUAUUGUUAAAUAGGCUAAAGAAAUUUGGAAAAAAAAGCAUUAUUUAUUUUUUUUUCAUUCAUAAUAAACGUUCUAUUUAUGUACAUAUGUAAAAGAGAAAUGACUUAUAAUCAAAACAUUGAAACAUUACGUGAAUUUUAUUCAAAAAUAUUUCAUUAAUGUUGAACCUUUGGUAUAAAUAAAAAAUAAUAGUAAAUUCUUAGUUCUUUGUUUAUAAAUUUUUAAAAUGCUCAAUCUUUUUUUUUUUUUUUAAUAUAUAGUAUUUAAAUAAUGAUGGCCAACUAGAAUAUCCAAAUAAAUAAAAAGUAUAAUUAAUAAUUUAUUAAUAAUAAAUAAUAAUUAAUAAUGUUAGCUAAUAAAUAAUAAUAGAAAAUUUUUUAUACUGAUUUAAUUUUUGUAUUUAUUAUUAAGUUUAUAAGUGAAUAAUUAACAAAAAAAAUAAUCAAAGUAAAAGUCAGUUGUAAUAAAAGUAUAGCUGCCUUUUCUAUAUAUAGAAAAGAAAAAAAAUAUAUAAUAAAUUUAACAUAUUAAAAAUUAACUAAUAACUAUUUGAUAAUACAAUUAUUUUUACAAUAUAUAUAUAAGUAUAUGUGUAUACAUUUUUUAUGUAUAAAAAUCAUCUAUAAAUUUCGAUUUCGUCAAUAGUAAUAUUAAUUGUAUAUGCAACAUCACAUACGUUAUUUAUGUGCAAAUAAAUCUAAUAAGACACAAUUGUUAUUCAACAUUUUUUGAAGAAAAUCAUUUAUAUAAAAUUUAAAGUUAGUUACCUAGGAAUUUUUAGUAUAUUUUUUU